AUGAUUUAUUUGUUUCUUUGUAUAGCCCUUACUUUUGGAGCUGAAGUUGAUGUUAAUACUUUUAGUAAUUACAUAGAAGUGAGUUAAGAGCAUGUACAUAUUGAAUGGCUUCUUGAUUUAGAUGGACAAUAUAUAAAUGCUACAAGUCAAUCUAUUUUCAGAGUUAAUAGCAAUAAACUAAAACAAGUAUUUAAUUAUUGUUUAUUAUUAAGAUUGAUUUAGAUAUAUAUCAAUUAAAUAUAAUUGCUGUGUAUAUGACAUCUACAGGAAAUGUUUUAAAACAUAAUAUUAUUAAUAAAGGAGAUUAAUCACUUUUGUAAGGAGAUGUUCUCUCAAUUCAAUUAGAUCGAGUUUAUACUAGAGGAGAAUAUAUUAAUUUAAAUAUAAAAUAUAAUUUAGAUUCAAAAGGAGCAAGAGCAUUAGGAUUUUUAACUAAGGAAUAGACUUAUAGUAAAACAGUUCCAUAUCUAUUUUCAUAAUGUGAAGAUAAUAAUUGUAGAUCAAUAAUUCCUUUAUAAGAUACACCAAGUAUCAAAAUAUACUUUACAGCAACUGUUUUGGUUAAAGAUCCUAGAAUAAAUGUAUUUAUGACUGGAAAUAAAUUGUAUAAUAUGAAAUUCAAAUUACUUAAUAAUUAUGAAAAUUUGUAAGCAUUAACAAUAUAUUAAUUUGAAUUGAAUAUAAAGAUUCCAGCAUAUUUGAUUGGAAUAAUUGCAGGAGAAGUAGUUGAAAAAUCAACAGGAAAUGGUACAUAUGUAAUAGCUGAACCACAUUUCAUAGAUGAUUAUGCAUAAGAAUUAUCUGAUUUACCAAUGUAUAUGAAAGAGAUGUAAGAAUAUAUAGGACCAUAUAUUUGGGGAGAUUAUAAAAUUGUAAUUUUACCAGCUUCAUUUCCAUUUGGAGGCAUGGAACAUCCAUUAUUAACAUUUGCAAGUCCAACAAUUAUAGUAGGUGAUAAAAGUGGAGUUGGUACUGCUAUUCAUGAAAUUGCACAUUCUUGGGUUGGAAAUACAGUGACAGGUAGGAAUUGGGCAAAUUUUUGGAUUAAUGAAGGAUUUUGUGUAUUUUUAGAAAGAAAGAUCUUAUCUAAAUUGAAUGGAUUAGAUUCUGUUAAAUUAGAUGCAAUUAAUGGUAAUUCAAGUGCAUAUACUUCUAUGUAAACUUUUGGUUUAGAUAAUUCAUUCUCUAGUAUGCAUCCUAAUACUACAAAUAGAAAUCCUGAUGAAGCAACUAGUCGUGUUCCAUAUGAAAAAGGUUAUUAAUUAUUAACUUAUUUGGAAACUUUAAUUUAAGAAGAUCCAUUCUAAAAAUUCUUAAGGGAUUAUAUUGAAAAUUUUAAAUUUUAAAGUAUUGAUGAAGAUUAACUUUAUUAAUUUUUAUUGAAUUGGGUUAGGAAAAAUAAAUAAGAAGAUUCUUAAAAAAUUAUAACAGAAAUAUAAAAAGUAUGGAAAAAAUGGGUAUAUGAACCUGGUUUAGCACCAAUUACUAUAGAUGUUACAACUCCAUUAUUUACUAAUGCUAAUAAUUUAGCUAAAGCAUGGAUAGAUGGCAAAGGGGAAAUUCCAGAAUAAGCAAAUGAUUUUCUAUAAUAUAAACCUAAUCAAAAGAGUGUUUUCCUAUAAUAUUUAAUUGAUAAUUAUAAGGAUGUUGAAACUGCAGUAAUGACAAAAAUAGAUGAAUAAUAUAAACUCACUUUUUAUAAGGAUUAGAAAACUGGAUAUAAAUGGUAUAGGUUAAUUUUAUUAGUGAAAUAUGAUCAAGGUCUUGAAGGUGUUCAUGAUUUUGUAUCAAAAGUUGGAGUAUCAAGUUAUUUAAAAGUAUUAUAUGAUUUGUUGGGUUAAAAUUAUAAGUAAAUUAAUAUUAUAUAUAUAAAAGUAAAUAAGCAUAUGAUUGGUUUGAUGAAAAUAAGACCUUUUAUCAUCCAGUUGUAGUCUAAGCCAUUGAAAAAAUAUUAUAAAAGUACCCCAAGAAACUUAUUGUUGAGUGAAUAUAUAUACAAAAGUAUUUAAUAUUAU